AUGAUAUAUUUUUUGCUUUUUAUUUGUAUCGUUUCCCUUCUUAAAACGAUCGAAAUGAGUUCUCCUAGUGCAUCAAUCGUUGGUCAUAGAGGGUGUGGUUCGAGUACAGCUGGUGGUAUAUCUCGAUAUCCUGAGAAUUCUCUGUUCUCUUUUAAAAAAGCUUUAGACGAAAAUGUUGACGGAGUAGAAUUGGACGUAUGGCUAACGAAAGAUAAUCAAGUUAUUGUAUUGCAUGGAACUGAAGAUGGAUUACUUGGUCAUACUUUAUUAUGUAAUAAAGAUUGUGAAAAUAAAAACAUUGAAGAAUUAAAUUUAGAUGAGAUACAAAAAUAUCAUUUUAAAGAACCAUGGAUAUUAAACCAUGGAAAAACAUUUAAUGAAAAUAAUUACGAAUUAAACAAUAAUCAGAAAAAAUAUUCUUCCUUAACAGAACAAGAAAAAUUAGAAAAAGAAAAUGAAUAUGAAAAUUUUGAUAAAGCUUAUAUUAAUUUAGAAGAACAUGAAGAUAUAGAAAAAUUAAUAAAUGAGAAAUUUUUAAAUAAUUUUUACAACCUCAAUAAUAAAAAUAAUUAUGAGGAACCUAUUAAUGAUACCGAAUAUAUUGAAAAAGAGAAAAAACUUUUUGAGGAAUAUAACCUUGAUACAAAUAUAAAUACUGAAGAAGACUAUAUAAAUUCUAUAAAAUGUUCACAUUGUAAAGAUAUUUAUAAAAAAUAUAUGAUGCCCAAAACUCAUUAUCAUUUAAAAAAAAAACAAUUAUUAUUCAAAUUCAUUUCUAUGUUUUAUCAUGUACCCUUAUUAGAAAAUUUAUUAAACCUUUAUAAAAAUAAAUUAACUUAUGAUAUUGAACUUAAAGGUAACAAAGAAGAUCUGGGACUUUAUAUAUUAAAUAUUUUACAAAAUUAUAAAGAUUAUAAAUUUAAAUUCAGUUCAUUUAAUUGGCUCUUACAAUAUAAUGAUAUUCAAGAAAAAAUACACAAGCAAGAAAAUAACAACAGUUUUAAUUACGAAGCCUACCCAUUUUAUAAUGUAGAUAGAAUUGACUUAUUAAAAGUUUUAAGAAAUAAUAAACUUAAUAUUCCUGUAGCACUUCUUUUCUCAGAUGAUGAAAUCAUGCCAGAUAUAAAUACUAUAUUAUACACUAUGAAAUAUUAUAAUGCUCAAUGGGCACAUUUUUCAUUUAGACUUAAAAAAAAUUCCAUAGUUGUUCAUAGUAAUCCAUCAAAUAUAACUAUACCUAUAGAAGAUUUUAUUAAAAUAUUUCAUAAUAAUAAUAAAAAAAUUAUGAUAUAUUGGGGUACAGAAGAUAAUGACAAAGCAGAUGAUAUCUUUUCUUACUUAAAACUAGAUGCAGAUUCUUUAUGUCCAAAUGAUAUUGUACUAGCCAAAUAUGUUUUGCAAGGUAUAAAAGAAAACGACACAAUAUAA